GCCUCCUCGCGCACAGCUCCUCUCCACCAGAGCAGUUUGCGCCGCGCGGUGUAUUCUGGGAAUACACAGAAUUCAAGAUGGCGGCGAGCAGGAGGCUGGCCAAGGAGCUGGAAGAGAUUCGCAGGUCUGGAAUGAAAAACUUCAGAAACAUUCAGGUUGAGGAAUCAAACCUUCUGUCAUGGCAAGGCCUCAUCGUUCCUGACAAUCCCCCCUAUGACAAAGGUGCAUUCAGGAUUGAAAUCAUCUUCCCCACCGAGUACCCAUUCAAGCCUCCCAAAAUCACAUUCAAGACAAAGAUCUAUCACCCCAACAUUGAUGAGAAGGGCCAGGUGUGCCUACCUGUGAUCAGUGCAGAGAACUGGAAACCAGCCACCAAAACUGACCAAGUGAUCCAGUCCCUCAUUGCGCUGGUCAACGACCCCCAACCUGAACAUCCCCUCCGGGCCGACCUGGCAGAAGAAUACUCAAAGGACCGAAAAAAAUUUCUGAAGAACGCUGAAGAGUUUACAAAGAAACACGGAGAAAAGCGGCCAAUGGACUGAUCACAUGACAAGCGCUUAGCCCCCGCCCCCCCCAUAUCACUGUCCUCCCACUGUUUCCCCUCACCAGUCCCCCUUGCAGCCGGAGCCGCCCGGCAGGCGGCAACGCCUCGCUCCCACCCAGGACUCUCUGUGGAUCAGGCAGCCUCUUCCUCCUCCUCCUCCUCCUCCUCAGAAUAAAUCUUCAGAGCAUUUCUAACUUUCUACUGUUUGUUCAGGUGAAAAUGGAAACGAGAGGCUAAGGGAACACCUUCAGUUAGAUGGAAAUAUUCAUUCCUGUAUCUUCUGGCUUCUUCUGUUUUAAGACGACUCAUGUGGACAUAUGUCCUUAUUUUACUUUUUUUGUCCAAUAAAAAAACAUGAAAUGAAUAGAAAUUAAAUAAAAGUGACAGAAGAGAGGCUUUAGGUCGGUCAUGGAGGUGAAUCCUCAUCUUCUUACUUUUUUUUUUUUUAAUCAGUAAACACAGCCAGUCACUGCAAACACUCCACACCUGGAACAUAAAACACACCUGUUUACAGAUGUUGGAUUUCUGACUCUCUGUUCAUUUUCUUCACUGCAUGACACAUUUUUCCUUUCAUGGUCUUUUUGGGAUGUAAAUUUGGGAAGAAUGUGCAUUAAUUUAAAUCUAUAUGCAUGUAACCUGAAUCUCGGCUCCUCUGAGCUUUUUCCAUCCAGACCUGUUAAAGCUGCAAGGACGCCCUCAGCUUGAAUGAAGCCCAGCUCCUGGAGAUGGUGGCAGAAAACUGGUGAGGCAGCUAGGACGAGUAUGGACAAGGAAAGGGACUGCAGUGGCAAAAAACCACCAUGUAACGGCUGUUUGAUCUGGUCCCAGUGUUGUUUCAUAAUAAAGAUGGCUGACCAUUUGG